AUGUGUGACCGGAACGGAGGCCGGCGGCUUCGGCAGUGGCUGAUUGAACAAAUUGACAGCAACUUGUACCCAGGGCUGAUUUGGGAAAACGACGAGAAGAGCAUGUUCCGGAUCCCUUGGAAACACGCUGGCAAACAAGAUUACAAUCAGGAAGUGGACGCCUCCAUUUUCAAGGCCUGGGCAGUUUUUAAAGGGAAAUUUAAGGAAGGGGACAAAGCUGAACCAGCCACGUGGAAGACAAGGCUACGCUGUGCUUUAAACAAGAGUCCAGAUUUUGAGGAAGUGACAGACCGGUCCCAGCUGGACAUUUCCGAGCCAUACAAAGUUUACCGCAUCGUCCCAGAGGAAGAGCAAAAAUGCAAAUUAGGCAUGUCGACUCCUGGCUGUGGGAAUGAAGUCACUGAGAUGGAGUGUGGUCACUCUGAAAUUGAUGAGCUGAUCAAGGAGCGUCCUGUGGAUGAGUACAUGGGGAUGGUCAAAAGGAGCCCUUCCCCGCCGGAGGCCUGCAGGAACCAGCCCCCCCCAGACUGGUGGAUGCAGCAGCCCGGCGCAGCAGGCUUGCCGCUGGUGCCGGGUUACCCCGCCUAUGAUGCACACCCUUCAGUCUUCUCCCAGAUGGUCAUCAGCUUCUACUACGGGGGCAAGCUGGUGGGCCAGACCACCACCACCUGCCCUGAGGGCUGCUGCCUGUCCCUGAGCCAGCCGGGCCUGCCCAGCACCAAGCUGCAUGGGUUGGAGGGCCUGGAGCUGGUGCGCUUCCCGCCUGCGGACACCAUCCCCAGCGAGCGGCAGAGGCAGGUGACUCGGAAGCUGUUCGGGCACCUGGAGCGAGGCGUGGUGCUGCACAGCAGCCGGCAGGGCGUGCUGGUCAAGCGGCUGUGCCAGGGCCGCGUGUUCUACAGUGGCAACGCCGUGCUGUGCAAGGACAGGCCCAACAAGCUGGAGCGCGACGAGGUGGUCAAGGUCUUCGACACCUAUCAGUUCUUCCGAGAGCUGCAGCACUUCUACGGCAACCCGAGCCGGCUUCCCGACAGCAGGGUGGUGCUGUGCUUCGGAGAGGAGUUUCCAGAUAUGACCCCAUUGCGCUCCAAACUCAUCCUCGUGCAGAUUGAGCAACUCUAUGCCCGGCAGAUGCUGGAAGAAGCUGUGAAGAGCUGUGGUGCUGGGUCCAUGAUGCAGGCUCCCGAGGAGCCCCAGCCAGACCAGGUCUUCCGGAUGUUUCCCGAUAUUUGUGCCUCCCACCAGAGACCCUUUUUCAGAGAAAACCAACAGAUCACAGUUUAAGUGUCUCUCUUGGGCACCCCACCCCGCCCACAUCUCAUAUUUCAUUAUUACAAUUACUGUUGUAAUUAUUUAAGGAUAUAGAUCCCUCUGACCUGGGGUGGGAUGCCUCACUCUGCUCUUAAUUUAGUAAGGGCAUAUUCUCUGAGGACUCCACGUUCAAAGCGAAGUUGUGUCCAAGUUCUAUUGUUCAGGUGUCAGCAUUGAAGCCCAUACCACGUGGUCUGCAUGGUGUAACUAGAACCUCUGAUUAAAACAUGUAUUUCCUGUAUUGUCCCCUAAUUAUCAUUAGUUGCUAUGAUUCUUCAGCAUUUUGGGAUAAUUGAUAUUUCCAAAGGCUUUCAUUCAAUUUGACUAGCACAUAGUUGCUUCCAGUAAAGAAAUUUGGGCAUCAGUUUGUGAAGACAAGACUGCUUUUCGACUUUAUCUUUCGUUAGAGCUAUAGAUUUAUGAUUUCAUGUGCUUGAUUCGAUGUGAAGUGUUUUUGUACUUUUAAGCAUGUUAAUGAGAUUUAAAAAUACAUUAACAAGUACUUUAAUAAGUAUUAUUAAGCCUCCCUUUAAUAAGUGAAAGCAAAAGCUCUUGGUGAGUUUGGAGAACAUAUAUUCUUCCCAGAAUUUGGUGCUAGGAAAGCGCCUCCAUCACCGUGUCAACUGGUGUGUUCUGAUUUUCAGACAGUGAAAGUUUUCCCUUCGGCACAUUGUUGCAGGAAGCUUAGAGCUAAAUUUAUUUUUUUCAUUUCUGUAAUUAAGUCAUCCCAGAUCACCUCUCUGGCUGCUUCUUUCUAAAUGGUUUUGACCUCUGUUUUAAAAACAUUUGUAAUUUUAAUUGUCCAAUUAUAAACUGCUUUGAAGCUUUUCCUUUUCCCCCUUCUUUUCAGAAAGUGGGCAGGAUAGAAAGCACAAGUUCCAAAUAAAGGGUGUUCCCCUAAAAUGUCUGCACACUUUAGCAGCUGACAGCUCAAUUGAUGUUUCUUUAUUUUCAGAUUUAACCCAUUGGAGUGAAUAAUUAUUCAAAGUGUGUAUACAUUUUUUUGGGGACACCCUGUAUAAUUGUGGAUUUUAUGAGCCUUUUGCUUGUACCUUGAUUCAGACACUCCAUUCACCAGCUGGUGGUGUUUAGUGUGUAGGCAUGGCUAGAGUGGAUUGGGGAUGUGGAUGACAUGUGUUGCCUGUCACCACUACACCGGUCUUGGGGUGAGCUGUGGCUGGGGGAAUGCCUUCCCCUAUCUCUACCACUCCUCAAUGCCCCCACUGCACACCAAAUUCUUCAGUGGAGCCAUCUAGUGGGAUUUCCAUGGAGAAGUCCCAGUUUUAGCCCUGGAAGAACUUACCCUAUUUUUCUAGCAAAUAGGAUGCAUUUACUAGCCAAAAUGUAUCAACAUGUUUACCCUAAAUCCUGAUGCUAAUCAAAAGCCAGGGACAGAAGGCUGAAACCAAUGGCCUGGCUUAACAGAGAGGGCAAUUCACCUCAGACCCUCCAGUGAGCAGUAGACCACAUCACCACAACCCCUCUAAACCACUUGCAGGAUCAAAGAGCACUUGAACAUUUAUUUUUCUAAAUAAAUGUUGUAUUUUGCCAGAUUGGGGUGCCUCUGGUCUGUGUGGCCCCUGUGUGGUGCACCGGGCCUGGCAGAGAUGGGCACUCACGCAUGUGAGGAGCGCCCGGCCCACUUCUUGGUGGUGCAAUUUGCCACCGUGGGUGCAGACACCAGACGGGUUUGGGGGUUAGGAGGGUGCUGUUGCUUUGCUUCCACUCUCUUGGGGGUGGGGAGAAGAAUCUUUUCUGUAUUCUCUUCCCUUCGUCACACAGCCUGGGUCAUCACCACCCCUGACUCAGAAUCUUACUAUGAGAGGACAAGAAGGGGCUCACCUGUCACCCCUCAUUGUGAGAAAUGGGAAGAGUUGGAAUUUGGGGGACAAAUUGCCCCCGCUCAGCCCAUCUGGUGGCCUUGUAAUAACAAAAGUCUCCGAUUUCAAAUCUGAAAGGCCAAGGAUGCCUGCUUAUUUUCCCCAUCAGUGCUGCAAGGUGAUGCAGGUGUAGCCCUAGCCAGCUUAACCCUUACAGGGCCUUCCGGGGUGCCGGAGUUCAGUGGGCGCAUAGGAAAACUUCAGUAAAAGCAGCUCAUCGCCUUUGGCCAACAAAGCGAGCAUUACAUUUUUAAGAUCUGGUUUCUGGAAAUUUGUGAGAUACUGGUAAAUAGGCUUUAGUUUGUAGCUCAAAUGAAUGUCAAAGUAUACAUGUUUGAUAUGCUGGAUGAAUAUUUAUUUUUGUAUGCAUUUAAAAAUAUAUUGAUCUCCUUUAUUCUUUAUUAAAAUAAAGUGCUCUUUUUUAA